AGUGCCUGGGCAGAUAUUUGGGCAUAACAUGUUAAAUUUACAGCAACAGAUGAACCCGAAUAUGGGUUUACCGUAUGGGCAGUUUUGUUUGCCGAAUUCAAUGCAAAACAUGAAUCAAUUUGUGCCAAUGCAAUUGCAAAAUCCAUCGCAAGUCCGUCCUAAUUAUGCUUUUCCGGGAUCAAAUCAACCACCUCGGGCCACAAUGUCUCAAAAUGUCCCAUUGUUUGCAAAUAACCAGGCUAAUCUGCAUUCUAAUCAGGCAGGCCAGCAAGCUAACCAGAAUCAGCAAAACUUGGGUCUACCUCCAGUGCAAGGGACACAGCUUCUGCAGGGAAAUAAUUCAAACAGUAAUGGUGGUUACAAUUCAAAUUCCAAUUGGAAACAAUCACCAAGCAGAAACUUUGCAAAAAAUCAGAAGAAUCACCAAGGGGGAUUUCAGAAUCCUCAGUCACAUCAUAUGAAAAAUGCAAAGGGAAAGUUCACUUUUCGUAAUGGGCACAAAGGAAAAGGGUUAAGAAAUGAGAGCGAAGGAAAGUUUGCUCUGGCCAACUCUUCAAACCAGGGCAAGCAAGGGAAGAGAUCUCUUUCCUUGUCAUAUACGGAACAAGAGAUUGAGCGGUGGCGUGAAGAACGUAGGAAGCACUAUCCAUCAAAAUCCAACAUAGAGAAGAAGAUAAGUGAAAAGAUGAUAAAUUCAGAGGUCAUUGAAAGAGAGGCCAACAUUCGACGAGAGCAACUCAAGGAUAUUCUUACAAAGCAGGCUGAGUUGGGAGUUGAAGUUGCCGAAGUACCAUCAUACUACCUCGCAGAUUCAAAUCAAGGGCAUGUAAAAGAAGAUAAUGAAUCAUUGACCAAGAAGGGGAGACUGGCAAACAAAUUUGGUAAGAGAGAAAAAUAUGAUAGAAGGGAUCGGUUUUCGAAGAGGCAAAGAUCACAUCAAAAGGAUUCGUCUAAUAACCCUUCUUUCAACAAGAGGGAGCCAACCUUGCUGCAGAAGCUUCUUAGUGCAGAAAUUAGGAGAGACAGAAGCCACCUCCUGCAGGUGUUUAGGUUCAUGGUAACAAACUCUUUCUUCAAAGAUUGUCCUGACAAACCUUUGAAAUUUCCUACUGUAGCAGUUAAAGAAAGCGCGGGUGAGGAACAGGUGGCUGAAAAGUUGUCCUCACUUGCAGAGAAGGAUGCUUUAAAGGGAAGCGAUAAAUCCAUGGUUGGAAGAGUUUAUAACAAUCAUUCUGGAAAUAACAACGAUGUCGGGAAUUAUGAUGAUAGUGGUGAUGAAGAUGAUGGUGGAGGAGAGGGAACAGAGACACUUGGGGAGGAAGAGGAAGACAUCAUAAACUAGAAAUUCUACUUUUUGUACAAAAUGUAUUAUAUUUCCUUGUGCGUUAAAUUCAUGAAUAUUAUAGCAAGUCAAAGGCAUGUAAGAAAUAUUUAUAUCUUUAAUUUCUUACGUAGCAGAAUUCGAAGUUUUAUUAUUUUGUUA